CCGCUGAUUCAUGUCUUCCAAGAAAGGAAAUUCGGGUGAUCCGGAAUUAAAUUCUUGCUUGCGUUUCGGAAACGAAAAUGAUUUACGGCUUACCACGACUUGCCGCUUUUCCUUACCUCUCAGUACAGAACUCUCACUGAGACGUCGACGGCCCCUUGCAGUUUCCCUUUUCCCUCCUUCCUUCUUCUUCCUUUUCGCAAUUUACAUUCGGUUACUCCUUGGCAAAUUUCGGACUUGAUUGUCCGAUAGGAUGACGACGAUGAAAACCACGGGUCCGACGAAGGGCGGCAAUUCUGCGUUUAAAGCAUUUGCUCGCCGAAUAACCUCUUUCAGCGUCGACGAUCUCUUCUCUCGCAAACGGCCACCAGGUCCCCCACGUACCGUCUUCGUCAAUGAAAAGCUUUCGCCGGAGUAUUUCGAUCCCAAGAAACAUAACGGCACGGUCAAGAAACAGUAUGUGUAUGCUACCAACCAGGUCAUAUCGUCCAAGUAUACCCUCAUUACAUUUUUACCGCGGAACUUGUUGGAACAGUUUAGAAGAGUUGCCAAUAUUUACUUCCUGGGAAUUGCCAUCCUCCAGUUUUUCCCGAUGUUCUCUACUAUAGCGCCCGGAGUCGUCAUUCUUCCUUUGAUCAUCAUUAUCGCCCUUACAGCACUCAAAGACGCCUACGAAGACUUUCGACGGCAUCAGUCCGACAAAAGAGUUAACCAAACUGAAGUCGAUGUACUCGCUGGAAGUAAAUGGAUGAAUCCCAAUGUCACUCAAGGCAAGAGUAGGACAUUCGUCAGAGGUAUUAUCCCUACACCGAGGCUGAGAAGAAAAUCCGCUGCUGGAGCUCCCACCGCUUCCGCUACUCCUGAUCCAGCUUCCAAAUUCAAGCCAGUAACACAUGAAGAUCCCGAUGCUACAGUCGCCCUUUCUCCCGACUUGGCUUCAUCUAAUCGACGACGAAAUAGCCAUCGCUUAUCUUUCAUCAACCCGUUCUUCUCUUCCUCUGAUGAUGAAGCUUUCUGGAAACCUACACUUUGGGAAGACAUCCGUGUAGGCGACUUUGUACGUAUAACUGAUGGCCAUCCCAUUCCUGCCGAUAUCCUCAUAUGCGCCACAUCCGAUCCCGAAAACGUCGCCUUUAUCGAAACAAAAAAUCUGGAUGGAGAGACUAACCUUAAAUCGCGGAAUGCUGUACCGGGAUUGACCCAUCUGCGUUCCCCGGAAGCCUGUGCGAGCGCUGAGAAUUCUUUCAAGAUCAAUUGUGACAAGCCAGAGACAAACAUGUAUCGGCUUAAUGCGAUGGUUGAGAUGGGUAAAAAUGAUGGUGAUGGCAGCGGGACCGGGGCCAAGUAUUCGGUUGACUUGCAGACGGUGUUACUGAGAGGCACAGUAUUGAAGAACACGGACUGGGUGAUUGGUGUUGUUUUGUUUACUGGGGAGGAUACAAAGAUUGUUAUGAACGCUGGUAAGACGCCGAGUAAGCGAAGCCGCGUGGAGAGACAAAUGAAUCCUCAAGUCCUCAUUAAUCUCGCGCUUAUUGCUGUAAUGGCUGUCGUCUGUGCCAUUGUCGACUCGGUCUUGGAAAAAGAAUACGUACCUCUAAACGCGCCGUGGUUAUAUAGCGAUGAUCAUCCGGAUGACAAUCCCAGUGCAAAUGGCGGUAUCACUUGGGCUUUUGCGCUACUAACGUUCCAAGAUUUAGUCCCCAUCUCUCUCUAUCUCUCCAUCGAAGUCGUCCGUACCAUACAGGCAAUAUUCAUAUACUUUGACAAGGAUAUUGCAUAUGACAGACCCGGCCAACCUCCUCAAGCUACGCAAGCAAGAAGUUGGAAUCUAUCGGAUGAUCUAGGUCAAAUCGAGUAUAUUUUCUCGGACAAAACUGGCACAUUGACUCAGAACUCCAUGGUUUUCCGACAAUGUUCCAUUGGAGGUAAAGCCUACCGCGGUGACCCAGAAGUCCUCACAGAUGGUGAUGACGAUAUACAGCCUAACAAAAUAUCGGACUCUAUCGAAUUAGAGAAGGAAUUACAGCAUAAUACCACAACUCGACCUGUGCCUUCUGGUGACUUCACCGACGCCACUAGUUCUCGACUAAAUCUGUCUAACUCAUCGUCAACACCUCGAACAAAGACCACUAAUCCUCGCUUUCGUGACGCCGUACUCACCUCCGACAUUGCACUUGCCUGUACGGAGGACGAACCCGCUGGUACUGAAGCUGCGCGCGCACGAGCUCUCAACGGAUUUUUCUCAGUUCUAGGUCUAUGCCACACUGUCUUAACUUCUGUCGACCCGCUCACGCGUGAAAUCGAAUACAAAGCGCAAUCACCCGAUGAAGCUGCGUUAGUCCAAGCUGCGGCUGACGUCGGCUACGUCUUUCUUGGUCGCGACAAGGAAAUUCUGUCUAUCCGUACACCCGGGUCUGAAAUUGCUGAACGCUACGAAUUACUGCAUAUAUUAGAGUUUUCGAGCGCCAGGAAGAGGAUGAGUGUCAUUGUGCGCAAGAUGGACGAGGAAGGCAGAGAAGGUGAAGGAGAGGGCAGGAUAUUCCUGUUGAGUAAGGGAGCGGAUAAUGUGAUCUUCGAGAGGUUAAGGAAGGGUAAUGAAGAUUUGAAGGCGGAAACGGAGAGGCAUUUGUCCGAGUUCGCUAAUGAGGGAUUGAGGACACUGACUUUGGCAUAUAAAACCAUCGGAGAGGAUGAAUAUCAAUCAUGGAGCCAUCGAUAUCAAGAUGCUUUGAUUGCUAUAGAUAACCGUGAAGAAAAAGUCGAAAUUGUUUCCGAUGAGAUGGAGCAGGGGCUUCGGUUGCUUGGUGCUACGGCUAUAGAAGAUCGUCUGCAGGAUGGAGUACCAGAAGCCAUUGCUGAUCUUAAACGUGCUGGCAUUAAGAUAUGGGUUGCCACCGGUGACAAGCUCGAGACUGCUAUUGCUAUCGGACGCAGUACCAAUCUCAUCGGACACGAUUCAAACAUUAUCAUCGUUCGAGGAAACUCGAAGCCUGUGCACCAACAAAUAAGCAAUGCGUUGGAAAGAUUCUUUUCUGAACAUCAAAUGCAAGAAAGACCACCUUCCCGCCCGUCGACUCCUUCAAGGAUGCAUCCUCUGACUCGUGCGGAUACGAACGUCUCAUCUAUCGUUGGUGGUGAUAACGGAGAUCGACCUGGAGGUUUUGUGCUCGUAGUUGAUGGUGCCGCUUUACUACAUGCAUUCGAAUCAGAGGAAACGAAGGCCAUUUUGCUCAAACUCGGUACCCUUUGCGAAGGCGUGAUUUGCUGUCGAGUUUCUCCGCUGCAGAAAGCUCUCGUGGUUAGAUUGGUCAAGGAUGGUCUCAAGGCGAUGACGUUAGCCAUUGGAGAUGGCGCAAACGAUGUCAGUAUGAUUCAGGCUGCAGAUGUUGGGGUUGGUAUCUCCGGUGAAGAAGGUCUUCAAGCUGUCAAUUCGUCUGACUACGCUAUCGCUCAAUUCCGUUUCUUGAAGAAGUUGCUUCUGGUUCACGGUCAUUGGUCAUAUGCUCGCAACGGAAUCAUGAUUCUUAACUUCUUCUACAAGAACGUCGUCCCAACAGGUAUCUUAUGGUGGUUUCAGAUUUAUUGUGCGUGGAGUGCCACAUUUGUCAUGGACUAUACGUACAUUCUCUUCUGGAACUCCCUAUGGACUAUUGCCCCUGUUGUUGGGGUUGGCUUGUUCGACCGAGUACUCGACUCUCAAAUCCUCAUGGACUUACCGGAGCUGUAUCAUUAUGGCCGUGAAAAGUAUUGGUUUUCGUGGCGGGAUUUCUUCAUAUAUAUGCUUGAUGGUAUUUAUCAAUCUGUCAUUAUCUAUUUCUUCAUUAUGUUCGCAUAUGAGACAACCUCUGCUCGUCAUGAUGGAUAUAGCGUGGAUCAGUAUGAGUGGUCUACGGUCACUGCUGUAUCCGGUGUCCUCGUUGCAGACAUAUUCACUGGAAUGUGCGCCUCCGCUUGGACAUGGUGGCUUGCGUUCUUUGUCUUCAUCGGUAUUGUUGUAGUUUGGGCUUUUACAUUUAUUUAUUCUGCGUUGUCGCCGGGCUACGAGUUCACAAACCUGUGGGGCUUCUACUACUUCCUGGGUGCCUCUCCUUACUUUUGGUUCGGGCUGAUUAUCACCUUUUUCCUCGCCCUUGCACCUCGCUACCUCGCCAAGGCAUACAAGGCAAGCUUUUUCCCGAGCGACAUAGAUAUUGUGCGGUGGAUUAAGAAAGAAAAUCCUUAUUUCGACUUCAAACAUUACGACCAUCAGCAAUCUAACCUUGGUAUUGGGCUCACUGAAAUGAAACAACGCCGACGUACGUCUCGUAUGGACGACUCCCUUGCUGAACAUGUUUCCCGGCAUUCGUCGAGGGUUAGCAGCGUUGCAAGCUUAGAUCUUUCAGGAGGUAGACCAAGACCUUCAGUGGAUUUCAGGUCUGCAAGUAGAACGGAUAUGUCCACAGGACUCGUCUCUGUGGAUCGUGGUUUUGACUUUGCCGCAGAGGAUGAUGGUGUAGCUAUCAGGAGAAUACAAACAAAUCUUUCGGAACGAUUUAGCAGCCGAAAUUUAACAGAGGAUGGCGAAAAGAAGGGCAAGCGGUCGAGGUUAUUCUCGCUGAAGCGAGGUUUUACUAAGAAAAACCGCACGAGCGAGUAGCCUAAGGACUGUGCCAUUUAUCUACUCCCGCCGUAUAUACUUGGCUGGGAUUCGCAUGAUCUAAUUAUAUCUCAUCUAUCCGCAUGUUACUUCUUGCAUAGUUUUUCCGCUUUGUUUUUGUUUUAAGCACGCAGUGUAUCCAUUUCACCUGUAUCCAUCCUAUUUCUUUACUGCUAUCACUCGUUAGUCUUCCCUCACUGGAGCACCGGCAUAUUAUACAUUCUGCUGCAUGAGCGCUUUCCCAUAUCGGUGCUUGCUUCGUAUCUACCUUCAACCGUACAAUCAUUAUGUAUUCAUUUAGUUUAGAGACCGUAGAUCGAACUAACUGGGCAAUUCCAAAUAAAAAUCUGA